UAAUUUACCUUUUUGAUGGAUAAAAUUCUGUCUCGUAACAAAACUCACAGGAAUCUGUUAAAAAAACAAUUUGAGAAUGUAUUUAGGGAUCGCCACUUAAGUAAGAACGACGAGGAAUGCGGUGAAAUCAAGUCUAUCGAACUACUUUCUCAACCGCUUCCAAAUUUAGCGAAACAAAGUAAGUCGAGCCCCGAGCAGUACGCCAAGUCCCUGGACAACAUCGGCAAUAACCAGUCUACGACGAAACAAGCGCACGAGAGACAUUCAAUGGGAAAACCGGUCUUGUCGGUACUUUCUGAUCCUGUUAUCGGUCCUUGCUCCUCCGCCACUAAUCAGCAUUCAACACAAGACGCGAUUAUGGAGGAAAAUGCCAGAAUGCGGAAAGCCAUCAACGAUGCAGUAUUGGCUCUUACCCGGAAAAUUCACGCUCCAUCAGAACAGACUGAAAAUGUCUUUUUAAUGUUCAACAUGCUGAAGGAAUCUGAGAGAAAACUAAUCAAACAACGUCGGGAUUUGGAGGCUAUGGCAAUCAAGAUGAGAACUCGAGAAUCCCAGUGGAGUGCGGAGCGACUGGCCUUUGAAGAGAAGGAACAAGUCAGUAAACAAAUGAUUUUAACCUUGCAAGAAGAGAAUUACAAGCUACGGAAAUCACUUUGUCUCGACACCUCGCAAUUAGAUUAAGUAAAGGAGUAUCAAGUCAUCUUUUAGAAUCUGACCUUUUAUGGUUCGUCGACUGGUUCGUUUGCAUUAAAGAAGCCCCAAAACAAAUUUCCAAAUGAAACUGUAUUUCUUUUUCGCCUUGUGAAACCAUUUUUAGCCAAAAGUACAUCUGUCUUUGAGUCUAUCUGUUCCAUAAAAGAAGUAGCCUUGUUUUAGAAAGCGAUUGUUCAUCCAAAUACAGAGAUACAUCCCUAUGAAAAACACAAGUUUUCUGACAGUUGCAAUACACCAGCGAUUUUAAUGCGAAGAUUGGAGCCGACGUGGCCUUCUGCAUUGCAAUGCAGUUACGUAAAAGUUUAAAAAGGAAAGACGGGCAACUGAAGUGGCCUUUGAGGCUUUGAUAUACUAUAUAUAUUGAAAUGGGCAAAAAUUUUCUUAGUGCAUUUGAUGAAAUCUCCUCUCUUAAUGGAGAUGAUGUUGUUGUUUAACCUUACAACUCAUUAGCCCUACCGCAAUGUAAUGCUGACAGAAUCA